AUGUUGGUCUAUCAGGAUCUGAUCUCUGGUGACGAGCUGCUGUCCGACUCCUUUGAGGCCAAGGAGAUCCAGAACGGCAUCUUCUAUGAAGUCGAGGGGAAGUGGGUGGUAAAGGGUGGUAUUGAGGUGGACAUCGGAGCCAACCCCUCUGCUGAGGGUGGCGAGGAGGAGGCUGUGGAGGAGCAGUCCGAGAAGGUUGUGGAUAUCGUCGACACCUUCAGACUACAGGAACAACCAGCGUUCGACAAGAAGGCGUUCGCCGGUUACCUGAAGGUUUACGCCCAGAAGCUCGCCGGCCUGAUGCCCGCUGAGAGGGGGACGCAGUUCAGGGCGGACUCGCCUGCCGCUUGCAAGUGGCUCAUGUCCAAGCUCGCUGAUCUGCAGUUCUUUGUUGGUGAGAGCCUGAACUUUGAAGGCUCGAUCGUUUAUGCUUACUACAAGGAUGGUGCUACCAACCCCACUUUCAUCUAUUUCAAGGAUGGUCUGAAGGAGGUCAAGCCGCUUCCCUUCCCCGCCAUGUCGGCCGCCACGAAACUCGGCGAAGUGACGCCGACUUCGCAGGACUUCCCUCUGUAUCUCGACCUGGGCAGUGGACUGACUGCCAAGCUCGACGAACACGACUACGCCGUCCUCGUAGACCAUAGGCUAGAGUUCAACGCCCGUUGCUUGGGAUUCGGCCUCAAGUACGCAUGGAUUCGCGCGGCGCCGGCCAACAUGCGAUUGUGGUCGAUAGGACUCGGCCGGCUUCGGGCGGCGAUGGGCAAGGAAGACCACUCAUGCUUUGCAACGGUGUUCGACGCCGACGUAGCUGUUAUCCCUCUGCAUUCGAGGUUUUUCCGGGCGGCGGUGCUGGCCGAGCUCGGCCGCGAUGGCCGGCACUGGGAGUGGCCGAAGCCUUCUGCUGAAGAGGUGGCGGCCAGGCUCGCCGACUUCAAUGAACCCGUUCGAGAUAAAAUGCGCGACACCGUCCGGGACGGCGACGCAGGCUCUGGCCUCCUCUCAAUGAGCGCGCUGUGCUGGGUGGUGAAGAGGAUGGAUCGCCUGACCGGCGACGACCGUCGCAGUGCGACCAGCAUGGACAAGGUCCUCGUUUCGGGGUUGAAGGAGCUGCGGAUUCGGAUGAUGACAUACAUCAAGGAACACGUCGCACGCAGACGGUCAGGCCAUGUCGGAGUUGGUGCCGAUGCCUGUGAAGACGACGCCGCGGAGCCCCCUUCGGCAUCCCAAGCAGUCGGUGUCGCCGACACCAGCGGAGAGGCCGGAGACGGCGUCGACAAGGCAGAUGAGGAGGCAGAAAGGGCUGUGGCGAGGACCGCGGAUCAGGAAAAGGAGGAGGAGGAGGAUGACACCGACGAUCAGGAUGAUAACGAGGAGGAUCGUGAGGAGCGUGAGCAGGGGCAUGGGCAGGAGGAGGAGGAGGAGGAGGAGGAGGAGGAGGAGGAGGAGGAGGAGGAUGAUGAGGAGGAGGAGGAGGACAAGGAGGCGGCGGCGGCGGAGGCCGUGGAGCAGGGUUUCGGGUCGGUGGAGCAGGUGGCGGAGGGGGAGAAGCAGCAAGAGGGGGAGGAGGAGGUAGAGUUCCCCUGGGUCGAAUUCGAGAUGGAGGAUGUUGAGGGAGCGGCGGCGGUGGCCGUGGAGGGAGCGGCGGCGGCCGUGGAGGGAACGGGCGGGAUGUCGGCGGAUGUUGUGUACGUGCGAGGGGAGGGUGCCGAUGUGGAGAAUGUCGGCGUGGAGGAGGCGCACGUGGUCGGCAAUGUGGUUGGCGACGCGAAGGAGGAGGAUAACGUCGCGUCCCCGACGCCGACGGGCGUGGAGACCACCACAGGGAACGCAGGGGUGGAACGCCGGGGUGGAGCGGUAGAGGCGGGCCGUCAACCCGGUUCCUCAGCAGCUGGUCGGCAGGCAACGCCGGCCGUCGUCGCGCAGCUGCGACAGGAGAACAUGUGGCUGAGGGCAGAAAAUGCUCGUCUCGAGACGGCGCUCGGAGUGGAGAGGGGUCGGGUGGACAGGUUCGCGAUGGGGAUUGGCCACCUCGUGGACAAGCUCAGGUCGUUGGCCGACCAGGUCGCCGCCUCCGACCAGGACGCGUCGAGUCGGCUGAUGGACGCGUCCUUGACCAUGGCGACGACCGUGACGGAGAACAUCACUGCCAACAUGGGUGAAGCAUGGGAGGCGAUGAAGGCGUACGCCGAGAGGGCGGAGAGCUGGUUGGACGAUCUAGAGAAUCCGGAGGGGGUUAUGGUGGUGCAACGUGCGAACGCGGUCGUCGCCCUGGGCAACCACGUGGACGAAGCGAGGAAGGGAUUGGAGGAAUACAUAUCGAAGCACCUAGUCGCCGCGCAGACCAACAUCGCCGCCGCCGUAACUCAACGCGUCGCCGUCCCGCCGCCCACGCAGCCCGCCCCACCGCCAGCCUUCCCGGACGAGCUCAUGAAGUCUUUCAAGGCGGACGUGUUGAAGGCGGUGACUGAGGCCACCCAGCAGUCGUUUGCUGCGUCCGGGUUAAACCUCAUGACCCAGGUGAUCGGCCAUCUGGCGCCUGGUCGGCAUGGGUCGUCGCCGUCGGACAACGAGGCCGACAAGAAGGGUGCGAAAAGGGCGGGCGGCGGAGAUGAUGCGUUGAGCUCGAAGCGGAGCAAGGGAGCCGAUGGGAGCCGCGGCGUCGGCCAGGUGGCUCCAGGCGGCUCGCGGAGCAAGGGAGCCGAUGGGAGCGGAGGUACGAGCGUGGUCGACCAGCUGAAGAAGAACGGGGCCAAGGUUGCCGCUCAAGAGGCUGGACCAACAGCCCCGCCAUUGGUCGCCGAGAAGCCGGCCAGUCUAGCGACCGCACCAACGGCGAUAGAUGGCGGCGCCAAAACCGUCAAAGGACCGUCCGUCGGAGUGGCGGGGACCACGUCGAUCCCCCGCAAACCCCCUGCGGCUAGCAGCGCGCCGGUCGCCCCGUCAGCCGCCAACAACGAUGGGCCGUCCCUUGCGGCUACUCCAGCACCAGCAGGCACGUCUGCCGCCAAGGUUGACGCGGUGGAUGCUGCGGCUAACCGCGCUGGUCCGUCCGCCCCAAAGACGAACGCGCUCAGGGAGAUGCUCAGCCGCAUGGAGACCCAUCGACAGGACGUGCAGCAGCCUCCCGUGGUCGGCACCGCGCCGGCCACAACAGCACGUCGCUCGGUCACUCCCCAGGUCGCCGCCACAACGUCCAGUGCCCCACCUACCGCGCCUAUCAUCGCCGCCCGUCCUCCUGUGGACCCAAAGUCCGCGUUGCUUCGCGCCCAGUUAGGCGUACGUACUGCGGCUGCGCCGGCACGGGCUCAGCCGGUAUCCAGCUCAUGCGCGACGCCGACGUCGGUGACCGUAGCUGCACACACACUCGGUGCGGCUACUAUCGAGGCGGUGGCGGAGAAGGGCGUGAGUGCAGCGCUAGCCACGGGCGGCAGAUCAGUUGACCCUGCACAGGCGGCGAAGGACCACAACGACGCCGAUAUCGCUGCCAUCCAGGACCUGUUGGAAGCGGUAAACCGCCCCAAGCAUCCCCCUGUGCUGGCCAUCUUGGACUCGGCGAGUCCCACCGGCUGUACAGCGGAGCCAAAGACGACCACUGCUGCGGUCGGCGCGGGAAAGUCGAAACGGAAGGGGACGGUCGAUGCAGGGAAAGCGAGGCCGAGCUCGAAGAAGAAAACACGGGCGACGUCGGCGAUGGUGAAGUCGGUGCAGAAAGGACAGGGGAUGGCGACGGCGAUGGUGGAGAAGGAGAAGAAGGAGGAGGAGAAGGAGGAGGAGGAGAAGAAGGAGAAGGAGAAGGAGAAGGAGAAGGAGAAGGAGACGGAGGAGGAGAAGAAGGAGAAGGAGGAGGAGGAGGAGAAGGAGAAGGAGAAGGAGGAGGAGGAGGAGGAGAAGGUGGAGGAGGCGGAGGAGAAGAAGCUGGAGGAGGAGGAGGCGGCGACGGAGGAGGAGAAGGUGAAGGUGAAAGAACGGAAGGGUCAUGGCAUCCGCCACGACUCGACGGGCGACAAGCAAGGGUGGGUGGGCGAGAUCAAGGUGGUCGGGAACGAGAGCAGAUACAUCGGCAAGUCCCGCGACAAGAUGGAGCUGGCGUACCUUCACUCCAUUGUGUACCUCCUGUACGACGGUUUCGUCAGCAAGAUCCUCAUGGCCGAGCUCACCGGCCUGGAGGAAACAGUGAUGAAGCAGUGGAGGGCGGUGUGGAAGGAAGUCCGGUUCUUGCCGACUGGGAUGUGGACGGUGAUCUGGGCAAGGGGCGCGUUCCUCCCAAGGACACGGUUCGACGACAUCCUCGGGAAGUAUAGAGCGUACAAGACAUCAGGCGAUGCGCACCACGACGCGCUUUUGCCCGCGAUCUGGUUCCCCGUCGAUGCCGACGGUAAGUCGGAUGCAAUGAUGUCGGCCAUGCUUGAUCGCGUGUCCUUGUGCGCGGCGUAUGGGGAGGUCGCUGCAUCCGCGGCGAGAAUGGAGGGCGACACCGAUCAGAAGACGGCGAAGGUCGCACAGGCGCUGUCGGCCUCAGCUUGCGCACUGUGGUGCUUAGUCGAGGGCGACGGCGCCCAGGUGGCUGAUGCCGUCCGCGAAGGGAAGGCGGCGACGAUGUUGGUCGGCGCCAGCGAGGCUACCGCCGCCGAGUUCAAGAACGUCAUGUCGGCGGUGCUGGAGGUGGCGAUCAGCAGGCAGCAACCCCUUGGGGAGGUUGCGCACAACGUCGCACCGGCGCUUGAGUCCACCGCUCUGGCCAGAGCCUAUCCGGGGUUGGAUGUUGAACCCGAGGCCAAACUGAUCGCACGAGCGACAGUGGAAACCCUCGCGUUCUGGGGGAUGUGCCCCGUGGAUGGGCCGAAACUCAGGAAGAUCGGCAUCGCGGUGCCGCUGGAUGCGCAGAUGGAGUACGACAUCGAGCACAGGGGGAGGAAGAGGCCGAGGGGCAAGCAGGGCAAGGACAGCUCGGGGAAGAAGGGGAAGGGCAGAGCGGGCAAGGACAGCACGGCGGCGUAG